CGCAACACUGUAUUGCCGCAUCUGGCAGCUCAAGUAAGCACCAGAGAGCAAUACUCUACCACCACUCCCUCAUUUCGAAGGGCUUCGGAGCAUCCUGUCAGGUCUCCGUCAUUUCCGGGCGUGCAUGUGCGCCGCGUGCCACUGUCGCCAGACCAUAGCCCACUCAACUCCUAUGUCGCUCCGGCCGGGAGGAUGGAAGCUGGCCAGUUCCAAAACAGACCCUCCGCAACUGCAGUGCCUCCCCUCAUGUCUGUCCAGACUUCCGGCUCUCUCCAGUAUGAAACUGGGACGCCCAUCAAGAUUGAUAUCACCGGCACAGUCGACAAGGGGUUCUUCCUAGCCGAGGGCGAGUGGACUUGCUACCGCCGCAACUACAUGACCUGCGCGUGCUCAUACUCGCUCCAACCACACUACCCGGGCACUAUCGUGCAUUUUAUUCCCCAAGGGUCUUCCCAACCCUAUCAAGUCUACGGGCUCUACAUGUCAAUAUCUGCCGUCGUGGCAGACAAUGACCAGCAGACCAUCGAGCUUGUCCAGCACACCCCCAAGAGGGACAAGGGUCCCACCUCCAAACCUGAGAAGGUUCUGCUGCUGCCCAAGAACUCGGUGCCGUCGCACCAUGUUGGCAUGUACAACGACAAUACGAGCGCAUCCGGUGCCAGGGCAGUGUACCAAGAUGGCUACGGCGGCCAAGGAGGCGGCCAACCCCCGACUGAGCAUACGUUUGAGCGCAUCCAGUUCAAGCAGGCUACUCAGAACAAUGGCAAACGGAGGGCUGCGCAGCAGUACUAUCACCUCAUGGUUGAGCUGUGGGCUGACCUGGGCUCGUCCAGCGCCGACAAGUUCGUCAAGAUUGCGUACAGAAAGUCGGAGAAGAUGAUUGUCCGUGGCCGCUCCCCUGGCCAUUAUCAGAGCGAAAAGCGACGCAGCCACAGUGGUGGUCCAGGAGGAUCCUCGGGGACUCUUGGAAGCUACGGGGCCCUGGGAAUCUCGGAUUUUUCUCACUCGGGUCUGCUUGGGGGGAGCAGCACGUACAACGGUUCCUACGAUCCGAGAGGCUCGGUGUACGGGACACCCAGGAGCCAUGACGUUCCUGCCGAAAGCAACAUGGCUUCCGAGGAUGAUAAGUCGCUUGGCCACAACAAGGGCUACUUAUACUACCCUGGAUCCAUGUACGACGGCUCACAGUCUCGGCCCCUCGAUAUGUUUGCCUCGCGCAAUGAUCAUGAGACCCCGCCGGCGCAAUCGUCAACCGACACGAAGGUGAAGAGCGAGUAUGAUAUAACGCCUCGCGUCUUCCAGCCGCCGCUGGGAGAGAGUCGUCGUCCACCGGCACCGUUUGAAGCUAGAACUACCUCGGGAGGUUACUACCCUACCAUCCUGUCCUCUCCCAGCACA